CCUGGAGUCAUGGAGCCGAGGGUCGUCAAGCCCCCAGGUCAAGAUCUCCAAGUGGAACGUCUCAAAAGCCUCUACGGACUCGGGGCCAGCUGCCCGGAAGAGUAUGAUUUUUCAAAUUCUGACCAAGCUAAAAGUAAGAGGAGAUCUCUAACCUACACAGAUGAUGUGGACGUGCACUCAUCUGAAGAUAGCCGUGGCUCAUCAUCCAGAUUUGGCUCCGAUACAGGAAAGCCUUUCUCAACCCCCCGCUGCCGUUCAUUCAAGCCCUUAAAUAUGAAUUGCCUAGAUGAUGAACUGGAUUCUUUUCAUGAGUUGAAGCAACGGGAAGCAGAAGAGUUAUUUGAGAGUAAACAUAGAGUUAAUGCCUCCAAAAUAUCCAACCAGUCCUUUAAGGAAAUAGAUAAAGUUGCCCAACCAAAUAAUGUGACCUUAAAUUCAAGAAGCCGGAAUGAAUUCUGUAGUGACACAAAUGAAUCUCCUUUGAACUGUGUCAAAUAUCCAACAUCUAAAGCAAAAAACAAGCAGAGUAUACUGCCACAGCAUGUCAAUCAGAUAUAUGAUGAAUUAUUACAGAUACAUCAGAAGCUGCAGUAUGAAACUGCAGUGCAACAGGAAUUUGCUGAAGAACUUAAAAAACGAGAACAAUUUUUAGCUGAACGGGAACAACUGCUUCUGAGACAUGAAAUUGCCUUGAGUAAAAUUAAAGGUGUUGAGGAAGAGGUUCACACAAGGUUUCAAAUUAUAAAGGAGCAACAUGAAGCAGAAGUUGAACACUUAACUGAAGUUCUCAAGGAAAAGAUUAAGGAAAGCAAGAGGCUGAAAUCAUCUUUUGAUGCAUUGAAAGAAUUGAAUGAUAGCUUAAAAAAACAGUUAAAUGAAGUAAGUGAAGAAAACAGGAAGAUGGAGAUGCAGGCUAAGAGAGUUCAAGCGCGUUUAGAUAAUUUACAGAGGAAGUAUGAGUUUAUGACAGUACAGAAAUUGAAAGGAAGCUCUCAUUCUUUUCAUGAGAUGAAAAGUUUAAAGCAAGAAAAAAUAACAGUUUCAAAAACUUCCAAGGUACCACUUAAUACACAAGUUUAUGAGCUUUUGACUAUGUUCAUGGACUGGAUUUCAGAUCAUCACCUUAGUAAACUAAAGAGUGAAGACGUGGGGAUGGAGGGAGAAAAGGCGCUGAUCAAACAUACUUCUCAGAGAAAUGAUAUUCAAGAGAAGUGUGUAAAGCUUUUGCCUGUGAUUUCUGAGCAACUACAAUGGAUGCCCUUUGUGAAUGCCAAAUAUCAUGAGCCUUUCGUAAAGUUUAUAUAUUGGUCACUAAGGCAAAUAGAUGCUGGAACACAGAGACCUGGAGAUAAAAAACAUUUCGGACAUUGAAAGAGCAGGAUAAAACUCAAGCCCCAAGUUACAAUACUGAAAGUUUUUAUGGACAAAAUUAACAACUGGUGAUAUGCAGA